AGAAAAGAAAGAAAGAAAGAAAAAAGCAUCAAGAUGGGUGAAAAGAAACCAGAGCCUUUGGACUUUGUGAAAGAUUUCCAGGAAUACCUGACACAGCAGACGCAUCAUGUGAACAUGAUUUCGGGAUCAGUCAGUGGAGACAAAGAAGCAGAGACUCUUCAGGGAGCUGGAACAGAUGGUGAUCAAAAUGGACUUGAUCACCCAUCUGUUGAAGUUUCCCUGGAUGAAAACUCAGGAAUGUUGGUAGACGGGUUUGAAAGGACCUUCGAUGGGAAGCUCAAGUGUAGGUACUGCAACUAUGCCAGCAAAGGGACGGCCCGGCUCAUCGAGCACAUCAGGAUCCACACAGGUGAGAAACCUCACAGGUGUCACUUAUGUCCAUUUGCAUCUGCCUAUGAGCGCCAUCUGGAAGCCCACAUGCGCUCUCAUACUGGGGAAAAACCAUACAAAUGUGAAUUAUGUUCCUUCCGCUGCAGUGACCGAAGCAACCUGUCCCACCAUCGGAGGCGCAAACAUAAAAUGGUACCAGUUAAAGGUACCAGGUCUUCCUUAAGCAGCAAGAAAAUGUGGGGAGUUUUACAAAAGAAAACAAGCAAUCUGGGGUAUAGCAGAAGAGCACUGAUCAACUUAAGUCCACCUUCCAUGGUGGUCCAGAAACCAGACUACCUUAAUGAUUUUACCCAUGAAAUCCCAAAUAUUCAGACUGACUCCUAUGAAACUAUGGCUAAAACUACAACUGGUGGCCUGCCAAGGGACCCCCAAGAACUCAUGGUUGACAACCCUUUGAAUCAGCUCUCUACUUUAGCAGGACAGUUGUCCAGUUUACCACCAGACAACCAAAACCCCGCCUCCCCUGAUGUAGUCUCCUGCCCUGAUGAAAAGCCUUUCAUGAUUCAGCAGCCCUCUGCCCAAGCAGUAGUCUCUGCUGUGUCAGCAGGUAUUGCUCAGAGCUCCUCCCCCACAAGUCCAGAACCUCGGCCAUCACAUGGUCAGAGGAACUACAGCCCAGUGGCAGGGCCGAGCAGUGAACCAAGUGCCCACACCAGUACCCCCAGCAUAGGAAACAGCCAGCCAAGCACUCCAGCGCCAACCCUGCCGGUCCAGGACCCCCAGCUUCUCCACCACUGCCAGCACUGUGAGAUGUACUUUGCAGACAAUAUCCUUUACACUAUUCACAUGGGAUGCCAUGGGUAUGAAAACCCUUUUCAGUGUAAUAUAUGUGGAUGCAAAUGUAAAAACAAGUAUGAUUUUGCUUGUCAUUUUGCAAGAGGGCAACAUAACCAGCACUGAACACAAUCAACAUUGUUCUCUCUUGGUUUGGCCUUUUGGGAGUUUGUAGUUUGCUCUUUAGUUUUGAUCAUCCCUAAUAAGGUAUCUGCUAACUUAAAAUUUAUACAUUCUAUUCAUAAAAUAGAAGUUUGAAGGUGACAAAGGGUUUUGUUAACUUUUCAUAAAAGUCUGGUCAGGGUUAUUUAUACGUUAAGAUAGUUAAAUGCAUUGAUGUUUUUUUCAUUUAGACCUGUGAGAGUUAAAGUACGGUCGUAAUCUUACCGGGUGUUCGCUUUCCUACACUUGUCCAUAGGACUCCCAGGGUUAUCCAUAUUCUUGAUGCUUCAGUAUAUACAUUACAACUAAAUAUUCUUUCUACCAUAUUUCAAAAUGGCACAAUAAAUUUCUCAUAAAAUCUUUUAUAACAUUUCAGUGUUUGUAGAGAAACUGCCUUCAAGUUUGCUCUUAGUUAAAAUGCUAUUUGUGUUCACAUAACUUAAGUUGAAUUAGUUUCACUAUAACCAAAAACAGUAGUUAUUUUAGUGUAAUAAAUUUUUCUCUCCAAGGGAAAAUGUAAAACAAUUCAAAUUUAAAUUAUAAAAAUGAAAGUGUUGGAAGCUGAAAUUUCGGGCUAAAUUGAAAGUUGUGUUUGGUAUUUGAGAUAUCUAUUCGUUAAUGUCUACUUUAAACAUGAAGUUUUUCAUAUAUAUA